UAUGUUGGUCAAAUUAAUUAUCAUUUUCCCAAAGGAAAAUUAUGGGACUGUUUUCGUAAACAAGAGUUUGUUAUUCAGGAUAUCAUCAGUGAUCAGCCCCUAACUGAUGCACCCACGGUCUUUACCGAUGGCUCCAAAACUAAAAGUGCUUACUGGACCCCUACUAAAUAUUGGGUUCAGUAUACAGACUUUAAUUCAGUCCAGCAAAAUGAAUUGUUCGCCAUUACUCAGGUGUUAAAGGAUUUUCCCUCCGCUGUAAAUAUUAUCGCUGAUUCUGCUUACGCUGUAGGAGUCCUUAAAAAUAUAUACACUGCUGUUGUACAUUCACAUAAGUCCCAUUUACUUAACCUAUUUUUACUUUUGCAAACUUUGCUUAGAAGCCGGAAUGCUCGUAUUUAUGUGACUCAUAUUCGUUCCCAUACUAAUCUUCCUGGUUCAUUGACACAUGGUAAUGCUCAAGUGGACGCUUUGGUGUCUUUUGUAUCUGCGGAGGAAGAACAUAAUUUAUUGCAUACCAAUGCCGGAAGGUUACAUGUUCAAUAUAAAAUUCCAUACCGUCAAGCAAAAUCUAUCGUGAAGCAAUGUCCAAUCUGUAGACCUUUACAUCUGCGCACUACAAAAGCUGGGGUAAACCCCCGAGGCACAUAUGCCAAUGAACUUUGGCAAAUGGAUGUUACUCAUAUGGCGCAGUUUGGCCGAUUCUCUUAUGUGCACGUAGUAAUAGAUACUUAUUCUCAUUUCAUGUGGGCUACGGCACAAGUUGGUGAAACUGCACAACAUGUCAUCACCCAUCUAUUAGAAACUUUCGCUGUGAUGGGCCUACCAUCUAUCAUUAAGACAGACAAUGGUCCUGCAUAUAGCAGCAAAAAAUUUCAAGCCUUUUGUAAACAAUAUAGUAUAAUGCAUAAAACAGGCAUUGAGUACAACCCCCAAGGACAGGCUAUUGUGGAACGUGCGCAUAAUACUUUAAAGUUACAAAUUAAAAAAUUAAAAAGGAGGAAAAAGGAUCAUAUAUUAUCAUUUACUCAAUCUAAUGCGCGUUCUAUUUUGAUACAGGCACUAUUUACACUCAAUUUCUUGAAUCUUCCGCAAGGAGAUAUUCUUUCCCGAGCAGAAAAGCAUUUCAUAGAGGGAGAGGCUGCUCCUCCUCCGUUAAAUGAAAAAAUAUGGUUUAAACCGGCUGCAGAUGCAGAAUGGCAACCAGGGCUAUUACUUUAUAGAGGGAAGGGUUAUGCUUAUGUCUCCACAGAGGAUGGACGGACCUGUUCCUGGCUCCCCGCGAGGUGGAUCCAGCCAAGGACCAAUUCGAACAGCACCGUAUCCUGUCAGGCGACGAACAAGGAAUCCAGACCACGAUGAACUUCCAAUACAGGCCAUGGCACACCUAAAUUUGGGGGGACGACGUCGCCGUCGGCAAACAUUUGCUACUGUUUUGCCUACCUGGGGACAAAUUAAAAGGCUUGGUGGGGAAGGGCAAAAAAUCUUGCAGCGGACAGGGAAGGCUUGCACACCCGAAAAUUUGUUUUUGGCCAUGUGCGCUUUACUUACUGUAUCAUCCUCCGCUGAAGCGACAGAUGAUACCACCGCAGAACAACUGGAGUGAGCCAAUGGUAAAUCAUCAAUUGAUGGCCUGGGGAGAUGGCGGCAUUGCAGAUCCUCGUGUAGCACAUCAGAAAUUUCCUGAUCAUAUUCAAACACACUUAUGGAAAAUUGCAGCCGCGCUUAAGACUGUUAGAAUUUACAAUGGAACUUUUUCUGGCACAGCGAACUCUGCGUCAACUUAUAACUUCACUAUUUUUAAAGAAAUGAAUGUAACUGCUUGUGUACCUCUGCCAUAUCUAUUUCUGGUUGGGAACUUUAGUUUCUAUAAUGGAAUUAACUGUACCAGAUGUCGACUGUACUCUUGUAUUAAUAAUUCUAUAGAAUUUGAACCGGGAUAUUCUCUUAUGAUUUUGCAACAACGUUCUCACAUUUGGCUUCCGGUGAAUCUAGAACGGCCGUGGGCCCAAAAUCCCGUGGACGCCUUAGUUUUGGAGUUUUUCAAAAA